UUUGACGAAGAGGACCACCGUCCACGAAAGCGUAUGCUAAAUAAAACUGGCUAUUCUUUAAGGGGCCACAGACUGCCUGUUGCUCUAAGUCAACAGCAGCUUUCCUCGCUCCCAUCGUGCCAGAAAGACAGCUCGUGCUGCCUGCAGUGCGCAUGAUCGGGGACGCUUGCGCGAGCCUAGCUUCUUCUCCGGUCAUGUCCCGCUGUUUCGUUGCGAUGGCAACUAGUCACCUGGCAACGGAAGGUAGGUGAAGCGGAGCGCCGAUUUGGUGUCAGAGGGAGCCACCGUUUGAAUGGGGCGAGGAGCGGUCGGGCGGCCACCGGACAAAAUGAGCGCAGGCUUUGGCUAUAGUGAGUUUGACGCCCAUGGAAGCAGACAGAGUAACCGAAGAGACAGCUCCGGCUUUGAAAGCCUGGGAGAAGAAAAUAAAGCCUUGCCCUCUGCCUCAGGAAGCCCGGAUACAAGAGCCGCAGAUAAAGCUGCUUCAGGAAGAGAUGGCCAAGUCCAGCCACAAUCAGCACUGAAAAUCUUACAACAGCAGCUGGAGUCAUUUCAAGCCCAUCGGCAGAAAACUUUGGAGAAUGUAAUCAUGGUUCAGUCUGAAAUCAGUGGAAUACUUAAUAAAAAGAUAAGUGAUAUAAACAUUUCAAAAUUUAAUUCAAACAAUUUAUGUUUGAGCAGCACACCUAUCAACACUUCUAUGCCAGGAGAGUAUCUAGAAGCAUCAAAUUUUAAGAAGCAAGUUCAUAUUCAUAACAGGUCUGGUACCAGUCACUGUCCAGAAACCAAUUUCAAUGCUAUAUGUAGAAACAUGACUGCAGGUGAAGAUAUUUCACAUGAGCAUUUGCUAAAAUAUAAAACAGUUGGAAAGUUGGAAAAACAUGCCCAAAUAUAUAGAAAUAAAACUAUUUUGGCUGUAAAUAAUGACCACGAAUUGAAGUCUGCCAAGAACCUUUCUCCUCCAUUUUUUGUUGGUAUGGAAACACAAGAAAGGACUUCCCUGAGGGAGAUCCAAAGUUACGAAUCACCUAAAAUACUCAAUAAGGCUGAGGAUGAGGGUGACGAGCACUUGACAGAGAGUGUGAGCUUUUCUUCCAAAAACCUGAGAGACAAAAGGAAGAAAACUGAUAGGCAUGAACUGUCAUAUACUUCUGAACUUCCAAGCUCUCCUAAUUUUGUAUGUGGCAAAGACAAUGAUUCUGGUUAUCUGUCAGAACAGGAUCUAACAGAAAAAGCAAUAGAUGUGUCAAAUGAGGAUUUUACAUUCAAGAGCAUUUCAGAACUGGAAAAGAACCAAAAUGCAGCACAAAUGUCAUUUGGGAAAUGCAGUAAUUCAGAACUUCUCAUGGAAGACAGUUUUGUUGAUAAGAUGCAGUUCAAGGUCUUGUCCGAAUUGACAAAAGAUCAAUUUCUGAUUCAAAAACACACAGAAGACAGACAAACCGAUAAACAAAAGGAGGUGUUUAGCCUAAACCAAGAAUUUCAAAACUGUGAAGAUCUGGAAUUUUAUGAUGCAAAUGUUGUAUCUGGUGACUAUGCUAAAAAAAUGAGAUUAUUACAAUUGUCAGUGAGAGAGUCUGAACAUAUUCAGAAAAAUGUGGUGAACUUUGAACGUGAAAACACAGAUCUCAAGAACCAGUUGAAACCUCUAACAGACAUUAUACAUUCCUUGACAGAGCAAAACUCAAACUAUCAGAAGCAGAUUAAGGAUUUACAAGAUGAAAAGAAUAACAUUCAAGGAAGACUUGUUAAGUCAGAGGGAGACUGCAAAGAAUGCCUUAAAGAAGUCAAAAGAUUAAUGAAGAAAUUCAAGGAACUUCAACAGCAAAAGGCAAGUCUGGAAGAAAAACAGGACCAUCUUUCUGCUCGGAAUCAACACAUGAUGCAAGAAAUAAGUGAUUUUCAGAAGAAAGACCAACAAGCCCAGGAAAAUCUGGCUUUUUUCACUAAAGAAAAAAAUGACCUUAUUGUGGCCUUAGCAUCUAUGGAAAAACAAGUGUCAAUUAUUCAUGAAGAAAAUAAGGCACUGGGAGAGAAAAUAUGUCAGGUUACAGACAAAAACAGUUUCUUGGGAAAUGAGCUUGAAGAAAAACAGAAGGAAAUACAAAGACUGAAAGAAAAGGAGAAGACAGAAGUAUCUGAUCGGGAGGCUCUUCUUAUGAGGAUGCAAUCGCUAGAUGAAGAAAAAAGGAAGCUUGGUGAGACAUUGCAGGAAGCACUCAAGGAUAAAGAAGUCUUGCAGAAGGAACUCGGAGAUGCCCAGCAUGAUAAAGCUCAUGCCAGGGAAAAGCUUCUAACUGAAUGUAACAGUGCAAAAGUAGAAAUCAGAGUUUUGAAAACUAAGCUGUCCAACAUGGAAAGAGAGUGUGAGAGACUGACAGGAGUUAUAACAGGUGGCACAGAGAACAAUUGGGUUCUUAAACAGCAGGCCCAUGAAUAUAAACAAGAUGCUUUAGAAUGCAAAAAUAAAAUAAGACAACUGAGGGAGGAGCUCUUAUUGAUGGAAAAUAGAAUGCGUAAUGCAGAAAAUGAAAGAGAGGUAUUGAAAUUUGAAGCACACCGGCUCCAUAAGGACAAUGUCAGUCUCAAAGACCAAGUCACCACUUUGAUCAAUGCACAGUCUAAACAAAGGUUCUAUUCAGAAAGGCAGCAUGGAAAUGGUCAGCCUGCAGAUCCCACUGGAAUUUGUGAAGAAAUAUCUCGUUACCAGCACAUUUCUUUCAUACACAGGGUAUCAGGCAAUUCCUGGCAAACUCCAUCAAUCAUUCCUUCAAAGAAACUGUAAUUAAAAAAAAAUCUUGAUCGAAACCAGUUUAAAAAUCUUUUAUACAAUUACCACUACUUUCCCAUGAGCCUUUUAAUAAACAUGCGAGAUAUUGUUGUAUUGGUAAGCAACAAUAAUGAAAUUCUUUUUCCACAUAACGUUUUGCUUGAUGCAAUGUAGUAUAGUUGUAGUUGUCCUAACAGCAGCACAAAUCAAACCCUGAGUAUUCAGAUUCACUGACAUACUUGGAAACACCUGUCCUGUGUAUUGUUAACAUCAUGCCUUGUUUGUAUCACUUCUGAACACUGGUCAUACAAAAAGAGGAAGAGAUUUCCAUUUGUCAUGAAAUCAUAUUAGUCUCAGCCACUUCUUUGCCACAAACUCUGGUAACAGCUACAAUACACUUUAUUCACUGUUUUAAAAUAUAUUUCACAGUAAAAGCUUGUGCAUGAUUGCAUGUGCAUUUAGGUUUGCAGCCUUGUAACUUGAUCUUAACUGGUACUUUAUUAGCACAUCAGUUUUUUUAUUUUAAUGGUAGGAUGUAUCUACUUCUGUACCAGUAUAUAUACAUAUUUGUCUUUUUAAAUAGUGGAUAAAACACAACUGCCGGAUAUUUCUGAGGUAUUAGAGUUCUACUCCCUUAAGAUCAAACUAUUACUGCAUAUUUCACACUAAAUUUUACCUAA